AGGUGGUGGCGGCGGAGGAGGCGGCGGCGGCGGCGAGCGCCGGGUUCCGCCUCACGGCCGUGCGGCGGGAGCCCGCGGUGCGGCUGCAGCACGGCGCCAGCGGCCUGGAGCCGCUGGCGUGGUCCGAGGACCACCGGGUGUCGGUGAGCACGGCCCGCAGCAUCGCCGUGCUGGAGCAGCUCAGCGACGUGCACAGCGGCGGGCAGGACAUGGUCAUCCACCGCACCGCCGUGCCCGCGCCCGCCACCGCCUGCCUGCUCAAGGUCGGCCCCAAAAAGGAGGUGGCUGAGUGCAAGGAGAAGUUUGCCAGCUCCGUGGAUCCGACCGUGAGCCAGACGUUCAUGCUGGACCGAGUGUUCAACCCCGAGGGGAAGUCCCUGACACCCAUGAGGGGGUUCAAAUAUUCCAGCUGGUCCCCUCUGGGCUGUGACGCCAACGGGAGGUGCCUCCUGGCCGCCCUGACCAUGGACAACCGGCUGACCAUCCACGCCAACCUCAACCGGCUGCAGUGGGUGCAGCUGGUGGACCUGACCGAGCUCUACGGGGAGCGCCUGUUCGAGGCCGGCUACAAACUCUGCAAGGCCGACACUCCCUGCGGGGAGCUGGGCGACUUCCCGGAGUUCCAGCGGCGGCACAGCAUGCAGGCCCCCGUGCGCAUGGAGUGGUCGGGAACCUGCACCACCCAGCAGGUCAAGCACAACAACGAGUGCCGGGAUGUGGGGAGCGUGCUCCUGGCCGUGCUCUUCGAGAACGGCAACAUCGCCGUGUGGCAGUUCCAGCUGCCCUUCCUGGGGAAGGAAUCCAUUACUUCCUGCAACACCAUAGAGUCCGGGAUAAGCUCCCCCAGCGUGUUGUCCUGGUGGGAAUACGAGCACAACAACCGGAAGAUGAGCGGGCUGAUCGUGGGCAGCGCGUACGGCCCCGUUAAGAUCCUCCCCGUCAACCUCAAGGCGGUCAAGGGCUACUUCACACUCAGACAGCCCGUGGUGCUGUGGCAGGAGAUGGACCAGCUGCCCGUGCACAGCAUCAAAUGUAUCCCCCUCUACCACCCCUACCAGAAGUGCAGCUGCAGCUUGGUGGUGGCUGCAAGGGGCCCUUACGUGUUCUGGUGCCUCCUGUUGAUCUCCAAGGCGGGCCUGAAGGUCCACAAUUCCCACGUGACGGGGCUCCACUCCCUGCCCAUCGUGUCCAUGACGGCGGACAAGCAGAACGGCACGGUGUACACCUGCUCCAGCGACGGGAAGGUCAGGCAGCUCAUCCCCAUAUUCACAGACGUGGCUCUGAAGUUUGAGCACCAGCUGAUCAAGCUCUCGGAGGUGUUUGGCUCCGUCAGGACUCAUGGAAUUGCUGUCAGCCCGUGCGGGGCGUACCUGGCGGUCAUCACAACCGAGGGCAUGGCCAACGGGCUGCACCCCGUCAACAAGAACUACCAGGUUCAGUUUGUCACCCUCAAAACCUUCGAGGAGGCGGCUGCACAGCUCUUGGAAUCUUCUGUCCAGAACCUUUUCCGGCAGGUGGACCUGACGGAUCUUGUGCGCUGGAAAAUUCUGAAGGAUAAGCACAUUCCUCAGUUCUUACAGGAGGCACUGGAUAAUAAGAUUGAGAGCUGUGGUUCCACUUACUUUUGGAGGUUUAAGCUGUUUCUCCUGAGGAUUUUGUAUCAGUCCAUGCAGAAAGCUCCCUCAGAGGCCACGUGGAGACCUUCACACGAGGAUGCCAAAAUCUUGAUCUCGGAUUCCCCUGGGAUGGGCAGCACUGAGGAUGAUCAAGAGGAAGGAACUUCGAAACAAGCCAGCAAGCAAAGCCUGUGUGACACAGGCAAAGGUGUGGACUUAGAUGACACUGCAGAGGAUUCUCUCCAUCAGUCAAGUGACACUGGAGGGCGGGAGCCAAUGGAGGAAAAACUUCUUGAAAUACAGGCCCAGAUUGAGGCCGUGGAAAUGCACUUGACACGGGAACACAUGAAACGGGUGUUGGGAGAAGUUUAUCUACACACAUGGAUUACAGAAAACACCAGCAUUCCCACCAGAGGAGUCUGUGACUUCUUAAUGUCUGAUGAUGGCUACGAUGACAGAACGGCACGAGUGCUGAUUGGGCACAUCCUGAAGAAAAUGAACAAACAGACGUUCCCGGAGCACUGCAGUUUGUGCAAAGAGAUCCUGCCCUUCACCGACCGCAAGCAGGCCGUGUGCUCCAACGGGCACAUCUGGCUCAGGUGCUUUCUGACCUACCAGUCCUGUCAGAGUCUGGUGUACAGGAGGUGUUUGCUUCACGACAGCAUUGCACGGCACCCAACCCCAGAAGAUCCUGAAUGGAUCAAGAGGUUAUUGCAAGGACCUUGCACGUUCUGUGACUCUCCUGUGUUCUAGAGAAAAGCUCUGCAAAGACUGAAAGCAUUUUCUCUACUCCAUAAGCUCCCUUCAGCCUUGAAGGACACAGAGCACAGGAACACAGACUCUGCUGGAGGGGGAACACCUCAUCCACAGCCCUGUACAUAGAACAUCGGAGGUUCUGGAAACUCCUCAAGUCCAGAGCCCAUUCCAUGCUCCAGAAACAGGAGUACACCUGGAAGAGCCAGUUUAAAAGAGGUUUGGAAGAGCACCCCAUGGAAGGCUCAGCAGCUGGACACUGACAGCUGAAGUGUUGAGCACAGUGUGAACUGUCCUUUCUGCCCAACUGUGUCAUUUCCCAAAAGCUGGGACGGGAACAUGGAGCUGCCUCUGGAAUGGUCCUGGUGGGUAGAGAAAGCUUCAGCUUGUAGUGCUCCCUUUGCUUUUUAACAAGCACUGGCACUUGCUGCAGAAUAUUAAACUGUCAAAAGAAUUUGUGGCUCCAAUUCCUUGCCGAGUGAAGCACGUGCCAGUUACAGCCACAGGAAAGAAAUUGGCCAUUCCAGCAGUUCCCCUUAAAGUCUGGAAGAAUAACUGCCUCAUAACUGUUGUAACACUAUUGAAGUCAGGAGGGGGAUAUUGGCUGCCUGGGUCAAAUAGGGAUCAGUAAAAAUAAUUUUUAAAUGUAAUAAUUAUUAAACUAAUAGCAAUUAGAUUAAACACUAAUAAUAUAUAUAA